UUACUUGAACAAAGUUUUCCAUUAAUCUUAUUAUACUGCACUGUAUCGAGUGAGCUACCCACUUGUGUUUGGUUCGUGAUUUCCACGUGCAGCUGCUAACCUCUCACGUGUGUUGUCCCGCCAGAUAUUAUCGAGUGCAAGAUCCAUUAAAUUGCAGACAAAAAAUGACGGAAGAAAUUAGUGAAGUCGACUGCGUAUUACGACCGAUGAAUUGCGAGAUCAAUUUGCUGUCGAGAUCAGAUGGUUCGACGAUGUUUAUGCAAGGUGAUACCGCGAUCAUCGCAGGCGUGAACGGGCCGAUAGAAGCAAAAAGCCAAAAGAUGAUGUACGACAGAAUUUCCGUAGAAGUGACGUAUACACCCCUUAAAGGGCCACCUAAGGUCGAUGACAGAUUAAUUGAAACAUAUAUAAAGGAGACGUGUGAAUCUACUAUAUUGGUAUCGUUUCAUCCCAACACCAUGGUAUGCAUCAAUCUGCAAGAGCUGCAGGAUUCUGGUGGGGUACGAUCGCAUUUGCUACUGGCUUGCGCUAUCAAUGCGUCAUGUCUGGCACUGAUUAAUGCAGGACUUUCCAUGAAAUUCACUAUUGCAGCUGUACAUUGUACGAUCGAGAAAGAAACGGGAGAAGUGAUUGUGGAUCCCGACAGCACACAGUUAAAGAAUGCAAGAGCGGAAUUUACAUUUGCGUUUGACAGUAUUAAAAAAGAUAUCGUGUGCUGCCAUAGUAUCGGUCGAUUUUCACAAAGCGAGUUUUUAGCCUCAAUGAAUAAGUGUAAACAAGUGAGCCAGUCUGUAUUCGAUUAUUAUAGAGAAGUCACAAAAAAGUAUGCAAAUAUAAUAUAAUCUUCUUCUCGAAUAA